GGGUGGGGACACUCUGGCCCGGCUCUCGGUGGUGCGGGAGCGGGCGGGAGCAGCGGCCGCUCUGGUCGGCGGACGUGCUGCCGAGCAGUCCCGGAAGCGAAGCAGCGAUGGCGGAGAGUCCGACUGAAGAGGCGGCGACGGCGACGGCGGGUGCCGGAGCGGCGGGCCCCGGGGCAAGCGGCGUUGCUGGUGUGGUCGGCGUUAGCGGCAGCGGCGGCGGGUUCGGGCCGCCUUUCCUGCCGGAUGUGUGGGCGGCGGCGGCGGCGGCGGGCGGGGCCGGGGGGCCGGGGAGCGGCCUGGCUCCGCUGCCCGGGCUCCCGCCCUCUGCCGCUGCCCACGGGGCUGCGCUGCUUAGCCACUGGGACCCCACGCUCAGCUCUGACUGGGACGGUGAACGAACCGCGCCGCAGUGUCUACUCCGAAUCAAGCGGGAUAUCAUGUCCAUUUAUAAGGAGCCUCCUCCAGGAAUGUUCGUUGUACCUGAUACUGUUGACAUGACUAAGAUUCAUGCAUUGAUCACAGGCCCAUUUGACACUCCUUAUGAAGGGGGUUUCUUCCUGUUCGUGUUUCGGUGUCCGCCCGACUAUCCCAUCCACCCACCUCGGGUCAAACUGAUGACAACGGGCAAUAACACAGUGAGGUUUAACCCCAACUUCUACCGCAAUGGGAAAGUCUGCUUGAGUAUUCUAGGUACAUGGACUGGCCCUGCCUGGAGCCCAGCCCAGAGCAUCUCUUCUGUACUCAUCUCUAUCCAGUCCCUGAUGACUGAGAAUCCCUACCACAAUGAACCUGGCUUUGAACAGGAGAGACAUCCAGGAGACAGCAAAAACUACAAUGAAUGUAUCCGGCACGAGACCAUCAGAGUUGCAGUCUGUGACAUGAUGGAAGGAAAGUGUCCCUGCCCUGAACCCCUAAGAGGGGUGAUGGAGAAGUCCUUCCUGGAGUAUUAUGACUUCUAUGAGGUGGCCUGCAAAGAUCGCCUUCACCUUCAAGGCCAAACUAUGCAGGACCCUUUUGGAGAGAAGCGGGGCCACUUUGACUACCAGUCCCUCUUGAUGCGCCUGGGACUGAUUCGUCAGAAAGUGCUGGAGAGGCUCCAUAAUGAGAACGCCGAAAUGGACUCUGAUAGCAGCUCGUCUGGGACAGAGACAGAUCUGCACGGGAGCCUGAGGGUUUAGACCCUGCUCCCUUCUCCCCUCCCCCCACUCGAGUCCCAGCAGAGCCCCUUCCCCCCACCCCAGGGAUGGAGAGGCACUGUGUAUCUCCCUCCACACGUGACGUCAUUCUGCAAGAUGGCAAGAAGCAAGCAAGCUUGGAUCCCAGGGUGUGGGAGUGGGGGGCUAUUCCGAUCUGACCUCCUUGGCGCUGGAGCACCUGGGGCUGUGUUCAUCCUGGAUCAGGGCCAAGGUACCUUUACAGGAUUACCUAGAACAAGGGCCUCUGGCAAAACAAAACAACCAACACACCUCUCUGCAGGGCCAGCUCCUUAGAGUUAAAAGACAGAAAUUGCAGUUCUAAGAGGGAAUGUGCCCAAAUGGUUUAUGGGGGUAUCUGGAAGGAAGCUUUGGGGUAGGGGGCUGUUUGACACUUACGCAGUCUGGGUGGUUGUCUGUGUCUGUCUUUAUUCUUAAAGCAGGGCUUCCCAUUGCCCUUUUCCUCCCUGCACCCCCCAUUAUUUCCCAUGGGCCAGCAUAAUUUUGUUUUUCCCUAAUUUAUAGUCACUGUUCUAGACAGACCAAAGAGAAGGAACAGUGGUGGAGUCUAGGCUGCUGAUCAGUAAGCUUUACCUAGCACCUGAGCACCUUUCUCCCCUACCCCUCAUUCCCUUGCCCUUUUAGGUUUCAGACAGAACGUAAAACAGGACCAGGACUGAACCAGGUCUUGGUGAAGCCUGCACAGGCACCAUGAGAAGCCGGAAGUACUGUGUGUUCCCGAAAUCACUGAUUUGAAAAGUUCCCAACACAGGCAGCUGCAGUGUGUAUGGGAUUAGAGCCACUACAUAGAAUAGUCUUAAAGAUUUUCUUUAGUACUAGU